CAAAGCCUGACAGAGGUAGAGGAGACCCAUACGGGAAGAGAAAACAAACAAACAAACAAACAAACAAAAAAAAAAAAAAAAACCCUGCUGAACCCAGAGAGUAUAUAAGGACAAGCAAAGGGGCUGGGGAGUGGAGUGUAGCCACGAUCACAAGAAAGACGUGGUCCUGACAGACAAUCCUAUUCCCUACCAAAAUGAAGAUGCUGCUGCUUCUAUGUUUGGGACUGACCCUAGUCUGUUACCAUGCAGAAGAAGCUAGUUCUAUGGGAAGAAGCUUUAAUGUAGAAAAGAUUAAUGGGGAAUGGUAUACUGUUAUCCUGGCCUCUGACAAAAGAGAAAAGAUAGAAGAUAAUGGCAACUUUAGACUUUUUCUGGAGCACAUCCACGUCUUGGAGAAUUCCUUAGCUUUAAAAUUCCAUAUUGUAAGAGAUGAAGAGUGCUCCGAAAUAUCUAUGGUUGCUGACAAAACAGAAAAGGCUGGUGAAUAUUCUGUGACGUAUGAUGGAUUCAAUACAUUUACUAUACUUAAGACAGACUAUGAUAACUUUAUUAUGACUCAUCUCAUUAACAAAAAGAAUGGGGAAACCUUCCAGCUGAUGGGGCUCUAUGGCCGAGAACCAGAUUUGAGUUCAGACAUCAAGGAAAGGUUUGCACAACUAUGUGAGGAGCAUGGAAUCCUUAGAGAAAAUAUCAUUGACCUAUCCAAUGCCAAGCGCUGCCUCCAGGCCCGAGAAUGAAGAAUGGCCUGAGCCUUCAGGGUUGAGUGGAGACUUCUCACAAGGACUCCACCAUCAUCCCUUCCUAUCCAUAUAGCAUCCCCAGUAUAAGUUCUGUGAUCUGCAUUCCAUCCUGUCUCACAGAGAAUCCAAUCCCAGUCUAUCCACAUGUUACCUAGGAUACGUCAUCAAGAAUCAAAGACUUUCUUUAAAUUUCUCUUUGACACACCCAUGACAAUUCUCCAUGAAUUUCUUCCUCUUCCUGUCCAAUAAAUGAUUACCCUUGCACUUAAA